AUGGCUGCUUUCAGGGCUGUUUAUCACAGGUUCACCUGCUUGGCUAAGUUUGCAGCUCAAAAGCAACACAGGAAAUAUAGCAAGUUGUGCACUUUGGGAACAGGUGGAAGAGAACUUGGAGAGAGCCAGGCGUUGUCAGAUGGAGAGCUGAACAUGACUGCACGCGGCUGUGGAGGCAGCAGCUCCAGCCUUCCAGGGACCCCAGGCGGAGACGCCGGCCCCGCCAACAGCGUGCUGAGCUGGGCCGUCUCCUUUGAGAAGCUGCUGGAGGACCCCUGCGGGGUCAGUAACUUCACGGCCUUCCUCAAGUCAGAAGUGAGUGCAGAGAACAUUUUAUUCUGGCAGGCGUGUGAGAAGUUCAGGAAGAUCCCUGCAAACUCUUUGGAUGAACUGAAAGCAGCAGCUCGCUCUAUCUACAAUACCUACCUGUCUGAAAGCGCUCCUGACCCGGUAAACAUCGACGACACCGCCAAGACGGAGGAGAAGGACUUGGAGCAGCCUACUCCGGACAUGUUCAACCGAGCUCAGACGCAGAUUUUCAAGUUGAUGAAGAUGGACAGCUAUAGGCGCUUCGUCCGCUCUCCUCUCUACCAGAGCUGCACCUUAGCGAGCGUCGAAGGCAAACUUCUGUCACGGCUCUCUGCAGGGCCGAGGCACAUGGGGUCCUGGGAGGACGUGGUCACGAACACCUCAAGUGACACGAUGAGCAAGAAGUCAGACUCUUUGUUGGGUGGGAAGAGAGCCUCGGAGAAACGGCCACAGAUGAGAGGAUCCUGGGGAGAUCCAUCCAAUGACCAAGUCUCAGGAGGUUUAAAAAACUCCCAUCUAUCAGUGAAAUCCACCAGCAAUGUGGAGCUUGGCGCCCUCCACAGGCAGCAUCCGAAUGGCCAUUCCAGCCCUCGCUUGUCUGACCGGGGGGGUGGAAGUGGAGGUCGUGUCGGGGUGGAGGGAGGUUACUGCUGUGUCUACCUGCCGGACGGGAGCGCCUCUCUGGCCCCCACAAGAGACGGCCAACAGAUCAAAGACAUGCUGGCUAAUCUGUGUGAGAAGAGAGGCUUCCCACUGAAGGAUGUGGCCAUUUAUCUUAAUGGCAAGAACAAGCCCUUACUGCUGGACCAGGACUGCUCCGUGCUGAGAGAUCAGCAGGUCACUCUCGAGCUCUGGGUGACAUUUGCACUGGAGAUUGCUUUCACCAGCAGAACAGUGGGGAUCAAGGUGAAGUCCAGUAAGACUCUGCAGGAAGCCCUCUCUGUGGUGAUGCAGAAACACCAGCUCAGACCUCAGGAGACCGUGGUCACCAUGGUGGGAAGUGACGAGCCCUUGAACUUGAGCAGCUCUGUUUACAGUCUGGCCAAUAAGACGAUCCGACUGGACAAAACCAAAGGUAAAGACCUGACCUUCAUCCCCAAAGGAAGUGCUUCUUGUGCUGCCACGCAGGGAGGAGCAGUGAGUCUGGAGCCUAAGUCAUCGCUGCAGGCCGACAAAACCAGGACGCCACAGAGAACCAGUAAGAACCGCGAUAUGGACGGCUUUCUGGACAUGCUGACGAGGGCUCAGUGCUGCAGAGUGGACGACCAGCGAGGCCUUCUGACCAAAGAGCAGCUGGAGGUUCCUUCGUUCCUGCAGCUGUCCACAGACCAGGCACAGGAUUCAGAUGACCCCAGUACAACCAGCUCUUCCACCAGCGACUCCAAAACAGAACCCGAGGACAUGAAAUCAACUUCGGGCUCAGCAGGCUCAGACUGUCCUGACCUGUCUGAGUCCAAAGACUUCAAGGAAACGACCGUUUGA